AUGUGCGGAGAUUUGUCUUUCCAUAUCUAUCUAUAUGUCUAUAUCAGUCUUACCAUAUCUAUCUAUAUGUCUGUAUCAGUCUCACCAUAUCUAUCUAUCAGUCACAGUCUCACCAUAUCUAUCUAUCAAUCACAGUCUCACCAUAUCUAUCUAUCAGUCUCAGUCUCACCAUAUCUAUCUAUCAAUCUCAUCUCACCUUAUCUAUCUGCCUGUCUGAGUCUCACCAUAUCUAUCUAUAUAUCUACCUAUCUCAGUCUCACCAUAUCUAUCUGCCUGUCUGAGUCUCACCAUAUCUAUCUAUCUCAGUCUCACCAUAUCUCAUCUCAUCUUAUCUAUCUGUCAUCCCUCACCAUAUCUAUCUAUAUAUCUACCUAUCUCAGUCUCACCAUAUCUAUCUGCCUGUCUGAGUCUCACCAUAUCUAUCUAUCUCAGUCUCACCCUAUCUAUCUAUCUAUCUAUCUAUCUCAGUCUCACCCUAUCUAUCUAUCUAUCUAUCUAUCUAUCUAUCUCAGUCUCACCCUAUCUAUCUAUCUAUCUAUCUAUCUCAGUCUCACCCUAUCUAUCUAUCUAUCUAUCUCAGUCUCACCCUAUCUAUCUAUCUAUCUAUCUAUCUAUCUAUCUAUCUCAGUCUCUAUCUAUCUAUCUAUCUCAGUCUCUAUCUAUCUAUCUCAGUCUCACCCUAUCUAUCUAUCUCAGUCUCACCCUAUCUAUCUCUCUAUCUAUGUAUCUCAGUCUCACCAUAUCUCUCUAUCUAUCUAUGUAUCUCAGUCUCUAUCAAUCUAUCUAUCCAUAUAUCUCAGUAUCACCAUAUCUCUCUAUCUCAGUCUCACCCUAUCUAUCUAUCUCAGUAUCACCAUAUCUAUCUAUCUAUCUCAGUAUCUAUCUAUCUAUCUAUCUAUCUAUCUCAGUCUCACCAUAUCUAUCUAUCUCAGUCUCACUAUAUCUAUCUAUCUAUCUAUCUAUCUGCAAUAA